CGCUGGGCGGCGGGAACCCGGGGGGCCGCAACCCCGGCCCGCGGGCCCUGGGACACGGGGAUACCCCGGCACCCGCACGGCCCCCCGCUACUGGCGUACUGGACCAGCCAACGCGCUCCGCCGCCGGGGCACCCGCCAUGACGGCCCCUCACGCCGCACUCGGAAGCGCGUCACUCCCGGCGGCCGCGACCCCGCCACUCCGCGCCCCCGCCCCACCGGAUGGUGCGUGACGCCAUCGCGCCGCGCCGCGCGCUGCCGCCGCCGCCCGCAACAUGGCCGUGGCGGGGGAGCUGCCGCCGCCGCUCGCCGCGCCGCUGCCGGCGGCCGCCGCCAUCCCCUCCUUCGCCGUGGCCCGCGGCCUGGUGGGGCGCCGCUACUCGUGCCUGGUGGUGGCGCCGCACCGCAGGCACGUCGCGCUGGCGCCGCGCUACCUGGGCCGCAAGCGCACCGGCAUCCGCGCCCAGCUGGACGCCGAGCUCCUGCGCUACUCGGAGAGCCUUCAGGGAGUGCCGGUGGCGUACGACAACAUCAAAGUGGUGGGCGAGCUCGGGGACAUCUAUGACGACCAAGGGUUCAUCCACCUGAACAUCGAGGCGGACUUCGUCAUCUUCAGCCCCAAGAAAGGGAAAAAACUGAAGGGUAUAAUUAAUAAAGUGGCCCCUAGUCAUAUUGGCUGCCUGAUACAUGGAUGCUUCAAUGCUUCUAUCCCUAAACCUGAACAAAUGUCGAUUGUACAGUGGCAAGAACUGGGUUUAAAAAUAGGGGAUGAACUGAAAUUUCAAGUAUUGCACUUGGAUUCUGAUGCAGCUGGGGUGUUCUUCAUUCGAGGAGGACUCACUAAAAGCAGCAUGCAGCCCAGACAAUCUGAGACCAUCACUGACAGUACAAAUGGAGGUGAAAUUCAAAACCUUGACCACCAGGAAAAUGGCUUCAAUGACUCUGGGGGAAAUAAUGUCACAGAGGAGCCUCAAGGUGAGAUGGAUAACGCUGGGGGGGAAAAUGCAGAAGAGCAAAGUGUUGAUGCUGUGAAUGGAGUAUGUGAUGAUAAAAACAAGAAGAAGAAGAAAAAGAAAAAACAUAAGCAAGAAGAACAGGAGCAUGUAUUGCCUACCAGUGACUCCAGUGGUUACCAAAGUGACCAUAAAAAGUCAAAGAAAAAGAAGAGAAAGCAUUCUGAUGAAACUGAAGAAAGUGAAUUAUCUCAGCCGUCACAAAAACCCAAAGCUAAAAAGAAAAGGGUCUAAAGUUUGAAGUACCUUUUCUGAAUAAGAUUUCAGACAUUUUUUAUGAGCUUCCAAUAAAAUCCCAUUUUCAAAAUGUA